AUGCCGGAGUGUGUGUCGGUGCCGGAGUUCGUGCAUGAGGUGCAGGAGGACUGGAGCUCCCCCACCACCUCCUCCUUCACCUCCAGGAUGCUGAGCUGCAGGAACACGGUCUACCUGCUGGAGGAGGCUCUGGACAGUGACCGUCUGGUGUUGCAGAAAAUGAAGAAAGCUUCUAAAGCCAAAUAUACUUCAGGACAAGAACACGUCUCUCACCUGGAGCACUACAUCCAUUCGAUGGAGAAGCUGUCGGUCAACUGUCACUCAAACGGAGAGUCCGAGGUUGGCUCCGCCUUCUAUCGCCUGGCGGACUUUUCCAAAGAGCUGGUGUCUCCGAUGAAGAACCUGCUAAAGAGCAUGCUCCACAACAUCCACUUCUUCCUGGACUCCCUGGUUAAAGGCGACCUGAGGGAGGUGAAGGGGGAUCUGAAGAAACCUUUCGACAAAGCGUGGAGGGACUACGAGAGCAGAUUUAAGCAGGUGGAGAAGGAGAAGAGGGAGUUGGCUCGUCAGUACGGGAUGGUGAGGAACGAGGUGAGCGGGGGGGAGAUCGCCGAGGAGCUGGAGAAGGAGAGACGCUCGUUCCAGCUGAGCAUGUGUGAGUAUCUGAUUAAGGUCAAUGAGAUAAAGACAAAGAGAGGAGUUGACCUGCUGCAGAACCUCAUCAAACACUACCACAGCCACAACAAUUUCCUGCAGGAGUGUGUUUCCACCACUGAGCGGUUGAAGCAGUACAUUGAGGAGCUGAACGGAGUCCUGACCACGGUGAAGCAGCGUCAUGAAGACGAGAAGAAACAACUGUGUUCUCUCAGAGAUCAGCUGAGGCCGGUCGUCCACACGGAGCAGGACUCGCUGCCUAAGCAGGUGUAUAGUAUGCAUCAGCUGCUGGGAGACAAAAAUUACGGAACAGAAAGAUCAGGAUUCCUCUACAAGAAGAGUGACGGGUUGAGGAAAAUGUGGCAGAAAAGGAAAUGUUCCGUUCAUAACUGUUACCUGACGAUCGCACAUGCUACUCCGAAUAAACCUCCGACCAGACUCAACCUACUCACCUGUCAGGUUAAACCCAGCGUGGAGGACAAGAAAUGCUUUGACCUGAUCUCUCAUAAUCGGACGUAUCACUUCCUGGCUGAAGAUGAAGCUGAGUGUGUGGCCUGGAUCUCGGUGCUCAGUAACAGUAAGCAGGAGGCCCUGAGCGUGGCUCUGGACGGGGGGAGGCUGGAGGGAGGAGGAGAGGAGAGCAGCGUGGAGGAUCUGACCCGCGCCAUCACCGACGACGUCAGGAGGAUGCCAGGGAACAACAGCUGCUGCGACUGUGGAGCUCCGGAUCCUGGAUGGCUCUCGACCAACCUGGGGAUCCUGACCUGUAUCGAGUGUUCAGGGAUCCACAGGGAGAUGGGGGUCCACGUGUCCAGGAUCCAGUCCCUGAGUCUGGACAGCCUGGGGACCUCCGACCUGCUGUUGGCCAGGAAUGUUGGUAACUCUGGUUUUAAUGAGAUACUGGAGGCGAACCUGCUGAGUCCGUCUCUGAAGCCGUCCCAACACAGUCACAUGACGGAGCGUAAAGACUUCAUCAUGCUCAAGUACCAGGACGUGCAUUUUGUGAGGCGGAAUCCCAGCUCCACUGCAACGCUGCGCCUCGGCCUGCAGGAGGCGACCAAGAGCUGCGACAUCUACAGCUUGAUUCAGCUGCACGCUCAGAGGAUGGAGCUGAGCCAGCCGCUGCACACACACAUUCAGGAAAAAGGGGAGACUGCUCUCCAUCUCGCCGUCCUAUUGGCCGACAGGACGUCACUGCACAUCCUGGACUUCCUGGCUCAGAACUGCUCAAACGUUGACAUGCCGACAUCAUCAGGGAACACAGCGCUGCACUACAGCUGUCUGCACAACAAGAGCGACUGUGUGAAGCUGCUGCUGAGGGCCCGGGCCAACUCACACCUCAAGAAUGAGUUGGGAGAGACAGCUCUGGACAUGAGCCGCAGGUUGAAGCACAGCCACUGUGAGGCGCUGCUGCAGCAGGCCCAGUCCAACCAGUUUGACCAUCACAUCCAUGUGGAGUACGAGUGGCGGCUUCGUCAUGACGACCUCUAUGACAGUGACGACGACUUUGAUGACAGGAAUGGGCCAGUGAAGAAGGAGCGCACCUCCUCCUCCUCCUUCACCUCCUCCUUCUCCUUCACCUCCCGUCCGUUCAGCUUCAGUCAGUCCCUGUCCUCCGCUGGGGCUCCGCCCUCCUCCGCUGGAGCCGGAGCGCCGGGCGGAGGAGGUCUGCUUAGCGUGGGGAGGAGGCUCGCCAUGGCCAUGGACCUCCACAGCCGGGCCGCUGGCACCGCGCCGAGCCCCCCCCCACCUCCGCCCUCUUCUCCGGCUCCCCCGCUGCCCCCCAGGGUCAAAGCUCCCACUGUUCCUCCUCCUCCGCCUCCCGAUGGGGGGGAGGGGUUUUGCGAGGACGAUGAGGAGGGAUUCUUCAUCACGUCAGGAAGCAGGAAGUCCAACACUGCCCCUCCCAUCGCCGUCCGACACAAGAGGAGCUGCUCUGAGUCCAGCACGCACGAUUACGGGUUGCCAACCAGUCCCAGGAUCUACAGCGGUCCAGACUCCUCCUCCUUUAAGCAGUGUGUUCCAUCUUCUCCUCUCAGCUCGCUGACUGAACGACCUCACAGAGCAGGUUUUCGGAGGGCGGACAGUGACGGUAGCUCCUCCCACUUCCUGCACCCUGCCAGUAAAGCUCCGCCCAACGGAUCUCCCACCAACCACCGUUCUCAGAGCUUUGAGAGUGACAGCAGAGGCCCCGCCCCCAUGCCGCUCCCUCGCAGAUCAGUGCCUCGUGGCAGAGCGAGUGGACGGGUCCAGGCUCUGUACGACUGUCAGGCCGACCAACAUGACGAGCUGAGCUUCAUUGAGGGUCAGGUGCUGGUGCUGCUGGGACAGGAGGACCCCGAUUGGUGGCAUGGUUACAUCGAGGAUGAGCCAGACCAGAGAGGAUUGUUUCCGUCUUCCUUCGUCCAGCCGUUCUCAGAAUGA